AGGAAGCGUCUCUCAAUCGUCUAGUGAAGAAGGUUGUUGGCUGUUAUUGAAAGUCAUCGCUUCAAAUCUUCAAGAAAUUCAAGCCAUCGAGRGAAAAACAAGCAUUCAUCAUGUCUGCUAUACCAGCCAAAAUAGUCCUGAAGAGCACCACAUCCAAGACCCUGAAUGACCGCUUCACUGAGAUUGCCCGCCAAAUAAAGUCUCCUCCACAAGUUACCCUCGGAGGUCUGCGCAUGGGACAGAUGCAGCAAUCCCAAGCAAGUUCAAAGAAUCGACGACUAGCGGCACAGAUGGCAAACCGACCUGGYGUUCAAGCUGCUCUAGGAUUAUCGCCACCUGGAGGAAGAGUACAAAACMGACUUGGGAAUCAGAACAAAGGAUCAGUGCAAGGAAGACUGGGUUCAAACAAGAUGACUGGGUUUCGACCUGCCGGCCGUGGUGGUCAAGGUGGUUUCCGUGGUGGUCAAGGUGGUGUCCAGCAAAGAAUAGGAAGUGGAAGAGGUGGUUUAAGAAAAGGAACAGGACUGAAGCGUGGUUUUGGUGCUGGUGCCGGAAGAGGUAGGCUGAAUCGUGGUGGUGGAAUGUCAAGGGGUGUUGGACGUGGCAUGCGUGGAGGUAUGGGUGGAGGUCGUGGAAAAGCUCAARGCAGYAGAGGUGCAGGUGCAGCUAGAGGAAGAGGUGCUGGCAGAGGAGGGCGWGGUCGUGGAAGAGGCCGAGGGGGCCAAACUAACCCUGUCAAAUCGAGAGAUGCACUGGAUAAAGAACUUGAUGAAUACAUGACUCAAACUAAGGGACACUUGGAUGCAGAGCUGGAUCAAUACAUGCAGAAUGUUGCUACUGAUGAUCAAUAACAUUUCUCAAGAAAUAAACUAGAACAUUAUGUGGUCAUCAUGAAAAGACCUGUGCAUUUAUGUGGACUAUACAUGCGUAUAUCUGUAUAUUAUUAUUGAAAGACUUUUAGGCUAAACAACAAUGACAGUCGUAAUACAGAUUAAAUCAGCUGAUACAGGCUAGUUUUAUCUUCUGGGCMCAGUUGUUCAAAGCCUGAUUAGUGCUAAUCCUGGGUUAACMUUUUWAUAAAACCUAUAGAGUUAAUCCUGGAUUAGUGCUUAUCCAGCUUUGAACAACCCRGCCCAGUGUUUUAUUUUCAGUAUUUGAUAGCAUURCGUAAGCAAUACCUGCAUUGUGCUAUUCACUAUCACCAUACAUAAUGUCGUCCUGAGAGAAAACCUAUGUUGCAUUCAGUUAAUGAAAUAUAGUUACAGUGUGACUACUAAAUACUUUCCAACUUUGGGUAGUUAAGCCAAUCAGACAGCAGUAAAAAACAACUUUUCAACAUCUUUUUAUUCCCAUGAGAAAAUGACCAUAGCUGUCUAGUUGUUUACAMGUAACAUCAGGUCCAAAUUACAACUCUCGUGCAGUCUAGGUUUCUGAUUCAUGGCUCUACCAUUCAAAGUUGGAAUGCAUUGUUUUCAUUCUAUAUUUUACCUUUUUUCUUUUUAUAAUACUUUAUUCUCAUCACAUUAAAGAAGAAGAAAAACAAUACAUUUAGCACAGUGUACAGCUACAUUUUCUUUCUUUUGUCUAACUGUCAAAGUGGCCCCAGUUAACAGUAGUUGUAUUGUAAAAUUUCGAAAAAAAUAGAUAACAUAAAACAAAUUAUAAACUGCUGCCACCUAGAUACUCCCUCGCAGGGCUUAAAGUUAUGGCUGAACAGUUGAUGGUCAUCAUCACAGUCUAAAAUUAGUUYUAGCUUAGUUAUUUCUGGCUGAAAAAUAGAGGUGUUUCACCAUCAUGUGACGGCAGCCAUAUUAGAUGGUAGAAACAAUACAGUCGUUUUACAUAAGAAAGAAUUCAAUUCCCAAUAGCAAAGGGAAUGUGUUCAUAACUGCUUAUUAAAUGAAACGAGAAUGACUUGGAGUGAUUUUCACUCAGAUCCAGCCAAAACUUUAAGGGGGUGGGGCUAAUUGAGUUUCUCCUGUCAACACAAUGGAAAAUAAUAAAAAAAGCAUAUAAUUCUUCA